UCUAGUUGCCCCGGCCUUGCCCACCCUCCCUUGGGCCCCGCUCUGAUUGCCUGGGCCUUUUCAACCUUCCUCCCGCCUUGGGGAAGCUGUCACUGGCUCCGCGGGCCCUGUUGCUGAAGUGGGUGGUGGUGCUGCGUGGGUUGCGGCUGGGCCUGGCUCCUGAUAGUCGGUGUGCCCAGUGGCGGUGCGGUCUCUCUGUCCCCCCCGCGGCCUGCCGCUGGGGAUUUCGCCCCCUUGUCUCAGAGCUGAGCCCUGGCUCUGCCAUGCCUGGUCCGGCUACCGGGAGCAGGGCCCGCGUGUAUGCCGAAGUAAACAGCCUGAAACCCCGCGAGUAUUGGGACUACGAGUCGCACGUUCCUGAGUGGGGUAACCAGGAUGAUUACCAGUUGGUGCGAAAACUUGGCCGUGGGAAAUACAGUGAAGUAUUCGAGGCUAUUAACAUAACAAACAAUGAAAAAACAGUAGUCAAAAUUCUGAAACCUGUGAAAAAGAAGAAAAUAAAGCGGGAAAUCAAAAUAUUAGAGAAUCUCCGUGGGGGCCCCAACAUCAUCAAGCUGUUAGAUGUGGUAAAGGACCCUGUGUCAAGGACUCCAGCGCUUGUUUUUGAGCACAUUGACAACACUGACUUCAAGCAACUGUAUCAGAUCUUGACAGAUUAUGACAUCCGGUUCUACAUGUAUGAAAUCUUGAAGGCCUUGGAUUACUGCCAUAGUAUGGGCAUCAUGCACAGGGACGUGAAACCACAUAAUGUGAUGAUCGACCAUGCCCAGAGAAAGCUUCGGUUGAUUGACUGGGGACUGGCUGAGUUUUACCAUCCUGAGCAGGAAUACAAUGUUAGAGUGGCAUCCAGGUACUUCAAAGGUCCUGAGCUGCUGGUUGACUAUCAGAUGUAUGAUUACAGUUUGGACAUGUGGAGUUUGGGCUGUAUGUUGGCCAGCAUGAUAUUCCGUAAGGAGCCUUUCUUCCAUGGACAUGAUAACUAUGAUCAGCUUGUUCGAAUUGCCAAGGUUUUAGGAACUGAUGAAUUGUUUGACUACCUCAAGAAAUAUCACAUUGAACUGGAUCCUCGAUUUAAUGAUACUCUGGGCCAACAUUCUCGGAAGCGCUGGGAGCAGUUCAUUCACAGUGAGAAUCGGCACUUGGUCAGCCCGGAGGCCUUGGAUUUGUUGGACAAACUACUUCGCUAUGAUCAUCAGCAGAGACUUACAGCUAAGGAAGCAAUGGAACAUCCAUACUUCUAUCCAAUAAUGAAGGAGCAUUCGGAUGGUGCUCGGAGUAACAACUCGCAUGUACCAGGUGUUUCUGCAGCUGUGCGGUGAAUCCUGCUGCUGUCUGCACAGUUAAGACUGCAAGACAAUGAGUUACAGGUUUUACAGGGGAGACAUUGGGCAAAAGAAGAGCUAUCACAGUCUGGAAAUGUGAACUUGUGACUGCAGCUACACAGGUGACCAUGGCUUACCCUAAAUCCAGUGGCAACACAAUCUACUACAUCCAUUUAUUUUAGAUUUCCAUUUAUGUUUCAGAGAAUUACAACUUACUAGAUUUUUGGGUUCUGAAAUUACAAUGUUUUUGUAUAUUUAUAUAUUAUUUUUUUGUACUGUAAUAAAAUACCUAGAAUGUGUUCCAUUACCA